UCUUUCAGUUGUUAUUGCCUGGUGUAUUUGAAACUACAAUCUAUACUUUGAUCAAGGAAGCUGAAUUGAUCGUGUGUGAUGUCGUACAAACUGUAUACAUAAUACAUUCGUAGGAGGAAAUUAAUUUGUCUUCUGCCAUAUCGUUUCGAUUUAAGAGAAACUAUUGUUUCUUUACGUAGAUUUUAGAAUUGCGGGUUUACAUGAUUUAUGUAAGAUUUUGAGGCUAUACUCGAUUCGUGUGACCUCUGCAAGCAGUGCUUAUAGACGGUAUUCUUUGGUUACUAAAUGCUGUUGCAUGCGUUACAUUCAACAAACACGACUAGUCGUGAUGCUAUUGUUUUAAUGAUUCUUUAUUUAUUUGGGAUAUCAGAAGAAAUCAUUUCGCUUUCGGUGUACUGAAUAAACUAUAUACGUAGAGGACUCGGAACAUUUUACAAACUUGUCGAGACGUGCCUUUUGUUAUGUGAGUUCUAUAAUUCGAAGUGUUGUAGAUGUUUGUAUAUACAAUUGUUGUGUUCGGCUAAAGUCUAUGUUAAACAAAACCUGUGUUAGUGAGACAGACAAACGGUGUAUUACAGUAACGAGUUAGGGCAAUUUAGGUAUUUUCGACAACUUUAUAGGAAGUAUGAAAAUGAAACACGGCUUUUCAUUGUCUGACAAAACUGCAUCGACAGCUAAACAUAGUCAUGCAUAAAUUAUAAAUUACGAUGCUAGUGAUAUACAGUCGUUAAAAACAAUUCGUUUCCUCUCAUUGACGAAUUAAACUUAUAUACUAAAGACUAGUUUUGUUGCCCGAGUGAACGGUAAGGUAGUCCCCGUACCAGUACUGAAACAGUGUCAACCACUAAUCAUAUAGCUCUGUGCAGAAGGCAAUUUUUCUUUUUGUUUACAUUUCACCUCUGCCAAUCUUUCAUCAAGCGUUGUGUUCAAAUAUUGAGAGUGGCCGUUAUGCCAUUUCUGAACAUGCAUAGUACAUUGGGUUAAAAUGGUAUGGUAUCCUUAAUAUAUACAGUCAUAUAUAAUAAGAUAUAUAUAUACUGAAUGACUAUACAUAUAUGUAUACAGUAUAUUUUUGUUUAAAGUUGUGAUUCUUACAAUUCUAUUUCCUGUGUAUUAAAUACUUAUUACCUGGUACUAGAUUUUUUGGAAUCUUAGGUUUAUUUGUGUGAAGGCUGUUUAGUCUACCGCUGUAACCAGCGAUGAAGUUGAAUAUAUAACAGUCUACAUAUUUUUGUGAAUGACUGAAAUUAGUUCUUAUCUAUUCAAUAUAUGUAUUUGUUUGACACAUGUUGAAGUAUUUUAGCUUAAUUUGAUCCUUUAUUAUCACACUUGUCAAUAUCUCACUUAAAUUAACCAUAACAAAAAAGGUGUCUGAUGCUCAUUUUUACUAAAAUAUAUUUCUAUAAAAAAUUCUUUAAAAAGCAAGCAGAAAAGGAGUAAGAAAUAAGCUUGUUUUCUAGCUGUGUUGUGCAGUAUGCAGCAGGUUCAAUGUGUACAAUUGUUCACUAGGUACUCUAAUUGAUGUAUUGUAGUCUGCAUUUGCAUCUAGAGCAUUUUAUUUUUCUUCAUCAUUUACCUAAUGAGAGGAUUUUGCCUAGAAAUUUUGCUGUAAAUUUGCAAUUUGCUCAUGUCCAUUGUAGAGUUUUGGCAUGAGUAUGGUUUACACAGGUUGGACAUCCAAUUUUAAUAUUUCUUUUUCAUCAAAGCAGCAUACACAAAAAGGACAAAAUGAGACCAAGAGGCCACAAGAUGGAUGUUAAGACCUCCAUGGAGACUUCAAAGAAACCAAAACGGGAUCAGCCAGAGUUUGUAGCUAAGGAAGAACCUAAUUUUGAGUCACAAAAUGUGUCUGCAUCACCACGCAAAAGAAAGCGGGCAAGUGCAACAGAAGCAAGAGCUGCAUGGAAUAGUAACAAUAACAGAAAUACUGGUAAUAUUUUGCAUGAAGAUUCUGAUAGCACUUUGUCCGGUGAUGAAAAUGAUAAUGCAGGGAGCAUCGCAAAAGAAUUGCCUGUAGAUAGCUGGUCAGGUCAACAUUCUAACACACUUCGAAAGAAUUCCAAUACAGGUGGCCCUACCACACCACCAAAAUAUAAGAAGGGGGAUGUCAUUACAACACCAACUGGAAUACGAAAGAAAUUCAAUGGUAAACAGUGGAGAAGACUUUGCUCAAGGGACUAUUGCAAUAAGGAGUCUCAGCGUAGAGGUUUUUGCUCAAGGCAUUUAUCCAUGAAAGGGAAGUCGAUUCGGUCAAAUUCCGCUAUUCCUGGUGAGCGGCGGGGCAAACUUGUUAAAGAAGGCGCCAUUGAGUGGGAAUCAGGAGGAGAGAGUGACAGCAGCAUUCAACGUGAAUGUGAUAGGAGUAAUAGUUUUGAUAGUGACAUAAAGGACAUGGAGACUGAAGCAGCUAUGAGUCUAGUUUCUCUUGGCUCUCGUGGACCAACACCAUUUUCAACCUUAACUACUCCGUUGCCUUUUUCGUCCAAAACUCCUUCACCCUUUCUGGGAACGUCGUUUGAUGAAAAUAGCGGCGUCACUCCUCAUCCUAUAAUGAAUUCGACUCCUACGAAAAGUCUUGCGCAAGUUGUGACAAAAAUAGGGCAUUUUGUAAACGAACACCACAAUCGCCAUGCCAUCAGCCCUGACUCUGGAAUUCAGAUGUUUGGACGCGAUGAAAGAGCAAGUUUUAACAACACGCCAUCAAUUAUGUCACCUGCGCCACUGGUAUCACCAUGCACACCAACAACAAAGAUGUCAUUUUCGCCAAUACCAGGUGUGAAUAGCAGAACUGUUUCGCCAGGCCUACCUACACCUCCUGCAAUAAGGGGGAAGAGGAGUUUUGUCACCCCCAACCUACCUGCCCCAUCCGCUUUAACUCCAGCACCCAGUAAGGUUUUGUAUUCGCCAGCUCCACAACCACUUGCUGUUACUUCCUCGAGUCUUUUCACUCCAUAUACACAGACCAGUUUAACAAAAUCAACCAACGGAAAAAUAUUUCAUAACAAUCGAAAGGACCAAUCGUUGCUAAAUAAUAUAGAAACAGCUAAAACUCUUGAAAUCAAGCAAGAAGGCCCUAAAAAUCAACAAGUUUUAAAAGAUGAAAUUUCAUCAGCUGAGAAAGAUAAGCCAACCGUUCAAAUCGGAGCAUUUACAACUCCAUUAUACCCUUGGCAAGCUAUCUUACCCGUUUUAAUGUUCACCGGGUAUCCAGAUAGCCAUAAAAACAGAACUACCACUACCCAGGGUAUUAAAGAAGGUGGUGCUGGCAAGCCAUUUGAUGGUAAGCGUGAUCAUCCACCCAAUACUGUAGCAUGUUGGUCGGUUAUGAACCAUUCUCCCUCUUGUGAUCCAAACUACAUGAAAAGUCAUGAUCAUAGAACUAAUGAGGCUGGGGAAACAUCUGACGAAAUUGAUGACAAUUUAUCAUCACCAAUAAAGGACAAUCAUGUGGAUAAAGAACAUAUAAGACGUCCUAUGAACGCAUUCAUGAUAUUCAGUAAAAGACAUCGAGCAAGAGUUCAUGAGCGCUAUCCACAUCAAGACAACAGAACAGUUAGUAAAAUACUGGGAGAGUGGUGGUAUGCAUUAGGGCCGAACGAGAAACAAGAGUACCAGGAUCUUGCACACCAGGUAAAGGAGGCCCAUUAUCGGAAACACCCCGAGUGGAAGUGGUGCAACAAAGAGAAGAAAAAAAUAGCGCGAAAAGGGGAACGAAGAUCGUCGAUUACAGAGGAAUUGUUGACUGAAGGUGGCGAAAUUGAUUUGGAACUAACUGGUCGACCAAAUAGCAAGCGAUCUAAGAGUGUGCCUGCAAAUGAGCUUCGAGAAACGUCUGUUGAAUCACAGGUCUGCUCGCCAUCACAGCAUACCGCAGAUUCUCUUUCACAAUUGGCAAAAGUGGCUGUGCAAUUUGAAAGCGAAGGCCGUGAUAAGUUGUGGGAUGCAGAAGAAGAGGUAGAGCACGAAAACGCCUCUAAACAAGAAGAUUUCUCGGCUUUGGAAUGCAAGGAAAUUGUUUCAGGUGAAGAAUUAGGCGAAUCCGAUGUUGAUGAAUUAAUGGAAAACAAACGUUUUCCUCAACAAAGGUUUUCACCAAUAAACCCUAUUCGAGCCAGAAGUGCAACGCCAAAAGUAGGACGCUAUUUUUCGCCAAUUCCGGUCAGUCGACCGUGGACGCCCGAUUGUAAAAGCCACCAGCGCUCACUGGUACAUCCUUCUACAGAUAUACCAGCAAAGUAUAGAGGUGGUUCAACAUCACAACAUAAUAAUUAUUCAUUGUCUUUGCCUGGGACAAAAACAAAAUCUCCGUCGACACUUCAUUCUGGGUUAAAGAGUGCUUUCACAAGCAUUGAGUCUAAAAAAGCCGUAGCAUCAAGGGAGGAAGGCAAAUUACUUUCUAAGAGUGCGGAGAAUGACACACUUCCUUCUAGUGGAAACAGUACUGGGAUCAGAUCUGUACCUCUGUCCAGCAGCAAUGAAGGAUUAUUACGUUGUACGCCUGGCCAACCGCUAACGGCGUUGUCGAGGCCUUCAACGCCUGGCAAGACCGUGUUUCAACCGAAACUAGGACAAAUCGACCCUAGUGCCUCGGCUAGUAUGGCGUCGACAAGCAAAGAUUUUUUAAACAACAGAACAGUUGCCGAAAUGUCGGAUAAAUCUCCAGUCGCUGAUAGUACACAAUAUGGACGAAGUGUACCACGAUUUUACUCUUCCGAUGGCAGUAUUCCCCUGAAUACGAGCUCAUUCAACGGACAGAGUUUGGUUUACUCCCACGUUCCAACUGGUUCUUUCAUGUCCCCAUUUGUUUAUGCAGGACUGCAUUUCCAAGAAGGAGUCAUGUCCCAAAUGGCACCCCUUGCUUUACCUGCGCAGGUCCCAGGUAGUCCAACAACUCUACUCAGGCCCAAUGUAAACCACAUCGGACACCCCUUUGGUAAUACCCUUAUUUCUCCAGUGCUGAAUAUACAGUUGCAGUCGUCAAUUACGCCUGGCUAUAAUGCACCACAAACAUCAAGUGCUCAAAAUCGUGAAAAGUUGCCAAUAAAAGUUGCAACAAACAGUAGAUACCAAGGUGUGGAAACGACAGUUAAGCCUGACAAAAUAAAUCAACAAAAGUCUCAAGGAUUGAGCUCUGGGAUUUUGUCCGAACCAUCUUCACGAAAGGACAUGAAGCUACCUUCAGAGAAAGAAGGAAAAGCGUCAAAGAAUAUUCUAAAGAAAUUCAUUCCAGAUGGAAUGGAACAGGUUCUGUCUGAAGUAAAUUUCGAGCAACGUUUUGCUGAGCUCCCUGAGUAUACUCCAAAAUGUGCCACACCAACGAAGAUCGAGGAUCAACCCAAAGAAGACGUCAACACAAAAGACUCAUCUGAUACGUGCAACGAUGCACUUGAUGCACUUGCCGAAGCCGCUGCAGGAGUGAGUACUAAUCAAGACACUUCAGCUAGUUUUGGCAUAAAACGAAACAUGGAUCAUAAAAGAAACUUAGUUCAACAAUUUCUCCAGGAGCACGGGCCAUUUCCAACUGAAAAAGAGACCAACGAGUUUUUCGUCCAGCACAAUGACGUCUUCCCGAGCAAAUAUAAUUUGCAACUUAAAAUUCGCGAAGUUCGUCAAAAAUGUAUGCAAAUCCAAAGAGACCGCGAAGUGAGAUCUCAAAAGGAAUAAUCCAUGGUUAUAUGCAUAUUGUUAUAUAUGAUACCAAAUCAGGUAUAAUUUAUACAUGUGAGUAAGAUUAAAAUUCAUUGAUCGGGAAAUGAUACAGUUAACGCACCUAUUGUUUACUGAAUCCAGUUACGAAAAAUCCACUAUUACUGAGGGAGGGUCUAACUUAAUACGAAAAUGUUGGUAGUAACUGUGAAUUUAAUCAGUUCAGCGGCCGUGUUCCUUGAUUUUCUAGUCCAAUUUUUUAGAGCCGGUUGUAUAAAAAGGUAGCUACUGUAACUUAAUUACUGUAAUUGUCCAGUCAGGAUCAUGUUCCAUGCAGGUAACUAUGGUUUGACUGCCCAAAAAUAUAGUUAGAGUUUUAUACAACCGGCGCCAGAAUUUUGCGAACUUUUGAACUUCGAGCCAGCUUGCCACAUCAUUUUGACAUAAUAAGCAAUUACAUUAAAAAAAUUAUACACAGAAACCUAGGCAUUUGGUGCUGUUUUUGCGUAGGCGUCCUUCCAUAUUAAAUUUAUAAUUUACGUUGAACGUACUAAGUUACUAGGUCCAGUUCUCUAGCUAUGAUUUCCAGAUCAGUGUAUCAAAUGAAGUUAGGAUAUAUUUGCACGAGCCAGACGUAAUAUUGUUGCACAGUAUAUAUUAUAUCUAAGUUAUAAUCGAUAAUGAUGUUUGUGGUAGAUGUUAUAUGGUGAAAAAAAUAUAAAAAUAAUGCAUGGCAUAUUUAUUGUUUAUCUGUUCAGUGAAAAUGUUUAUAGAUAUAUAUAGGGUAUAUGGACGGCAUAUUUGUCUCAUCUACUCAGUCAUUACUUUAGUCAUAAGUUUUAGACUAAAUUCAUAUUUCUUUAUUAUUAUUAUUGUUGGAAAAUUCGGUUCGGUUGAGAGAGUUCUCUUCAUUGAGAAACAUAAGCAUUUCCAUAUAUGGACAACAAUGAAUCUUUGCACGUAUAUGAUAUCAAACCAAAAUAGUAAGUAGCUAUAGGGAGGAAAAAAUUCAGCCGUUGGAAUUGCAUUUUACUUUUCUAUCAUAAGAUACAUAAGAUACAUAAGAUACAACUACACUUUGAAGUAUGAGUGAAAUAACUUAGGGCCAGGCGUAUGGGGUUUAACGUAGUUUUGGUUCGGGGAAGAAAACUUGAGAUUUACCUGCAAGUCAUGUGGAGACCUCUCUUUUUCACCCCACCUUUGACAUCAUUGAUAACUGUUUAUACCUUUCUGAUUUGUCGAGACAUUAGUUUAAUUAACCUAAGGAAUAAAAUUUGAGGGAUUUGGUUAGAAACAUGCAGAUAUAUUGACAGACAUCUUAAAAGAAACAGCAUGCAUGUUUGUAAAUCGACACUCUGCAUGCUUUUUGAUUGUAUAGUGCGCGUGAAAAAGAGAGCACGAGUCUCAAUUGCUUAGAACUAUAUGUUUACUGUAUUUAUUCUAACUUAACAUAAAAUCACUUUAGGUGUAAUCUUGUUUCUAUAGUAAAGAAAAUUUUUACCUAUAUUAUAGAUGUUCAGUAUUGUUUUACGUAAGAAUGCAACAUUUUAGACACUUGACAUUGUAAAAUUAUUUGAAUGAGGUUAUAGAACGGGUUGUGCUAAGAGCAUGUAACGUGAGAUUGAUGCAAAUCUGUUAGAUUAAUGAUAUUUUAGUGUGCCUAAUAAUUAAGGUAUACUUUUGGAGUGUUCAUGUAAUAUUUGGAUGAUAAAUUACAUGUUACUUCAGUGAUCUGAAUGGCUAGAAGUAUUAUAUAAGCUGGUUAAUAUAAAAUGUCUUGUGAGGGCAUUCAUUCAUUCAGAAACGGAAGCAAAAACAUCAAUUUCUAAACUUAGAGUGUUUGGGUAACUAUAAUGGUAGUUUAGAUUGUAGCGAAUGUCGAAUUGACGAAGGACAGCUUACAUUCUAGUCUUUUUAGUUUGCUGGUGACGUCAGAACUGCAACGAUUAAGUGACAUAAUUUCCAUACAUUGCUAACUAUGAUAAAAGGCGGAUAUUUUUUUGUAAAAGGGCUGUAAUUGAUGCACAAACUUUAGGUAUUGUUCGGAAACAUUGAGGACCCUUCGGAAAGGUGUUAACUUGACGUUUUAAGGUGUCAUGCUGGAUGUGGCGACGUAGCUAUAGCAUGAAAAAGGAGCUAGGGGAACAUAUUCAUAUACUCAUGCUCGCUAAUUGCAAAGGCAAUUGAUAUAAUGUAGUACAUGAAUACAGUAUACAUACGUGAAUAUGUUCCCCCGCUUAUCGUGCUGGCGACGUUAUGGUAAGACGUGAUGUUUCAGGCUAUCACUGUCAGGGUGGAUAAGUCACUUAAUUGUUGCAGCGCUGUAUACAAUAUGAUUAAGCUACUAUGUAGCGGUAAUAAGAUAAUAUACACUAUACUAUAUAGCAUUAUUUAUGGGGAUUGUAGAAACUAUUAUUGUAACAAGGAGCAAUGAUUAAA